GUGCUGCGAUAAGACAGAAGUUGCUUCAGCUUGGCGAGGACCGUGGACGGUCUACACGAAUCCUACCUCAGUUACACCUUUAGCACAACCUAGGAUACCAAACCCCAAUUCAGGUGAUGAAAGGAUGAGCAGGAUGAGCAGAUCCUGGGGCUCGCAGGACGUGGUCGACGAGGAGGAGGAAGGACGUGGUCGAGGAAAGUACAAGAAGUACAAAAAAUACAUGAUGCCGUUGCUCCUCGCCUACAAAUUGAAAUUCUUCACUCUGAUUCCCGUCCUCAUAGGAGGCCUUGUGCUUCUAACGGGAGCCACCGGUCUAGCAGGCUUCUUCUUCGCACUGUUCGCAGCGACAAUGGGACUCAAAGGAGGCGGCGGCGAUCACUGAAAACAUACAAUC